AUGGAUCACGACAUUUUGUACGAUUAUCGGAACAAUGCUGGAAAGUUUCGUGUUGAGGCUGGUGUCCAGGUGUUUUGGCCAAUACUAGCCCGGGGCACACAUGCUCCAGCCUGGUCAGUUGUAUCUGAUUCGUCAGCAGUUUCAACUCAGUUUCGUUCUGGCGAGCGGCUGAAAAAUUCCUGUUCUCAGGACAGCUGUCCGAGUAUUCUGCUCUCGGGGCCGCAUUGCGGUCCACAAGUGCCCCAUGUUGCUGCAGGCGGCCUGAGAAAGUUGCAGAGCUCCUCAGCCCCAAAUGAAGAACUGGCGAGUACAGAAAGCACGGGCUUCCUACCCGCUGCUGUGAUGGACAACACGCGGUACGCCAAGCGGUCCUCCGUUUCACGUCCGGUGCAUUUAGAGAAUCCGGAGAGGGAGACGCGUUGGUACUUUAAGUACUUCUUGGGGAAA